AGUGGGGAAUGAAAUAGGAAAGCCAAGGAACUACCCACCAACAGUGGACCCCGACCCGACCCACACUGCUAUCCUAUUUGAACAUUUAAUUGUUAGUACUUCCUGCAAAGUUGAGCUGGCCCAUGACCAACCCAUCAACAUUAUGUUAAGUUUAUGAACACAUUCAAAUUAUUUUCGAUUAAAUCGCCAACAGUUUAGCACAACACCAGAAAACGUUGAUUCCUCUCAUUUUUUCACAAGGAAAAGUUUUAUGCUUGGGUUAUAAGAAGAGUUGAUUGAUAUUAUUGGAAAUGUCAAAUAGCUCAAAGAGUGAAGGAGACAACUCUAUUGAUGUUGAAGAACUCUUGGAGAUUGAAACAAGAUGCAGAGAGCUACGGAAAGAAAAAGAGAUGUUGAAAGAAUCACAAUCUCAGGGCUUUGAACUAAUCAAGAGUCUAGAACUACAUGUGAAGUCAUUAUCAGAAGCUCGUGUCCAAGACAAAAAACAUAUUAAGAAAUUGGAAGGAGAGCUGAAGAACUGUUCUCAAGAAAUAGAUUACUUGCAGGAUCAACUUAGUGCAAGGAAUGAAGAGGUCAACUUUCUAACUGAGCAUGUACACAACCUGGAGAUCAAAUUAGCAGACAAGGGAAAUUUACAGGAGAAAGUGGGCCGGUUGAUGGGAGAGUUGAACAGGUCGAACUCUGAUCGCUUGUUACUAAUGCAGGAAAUAGAGAACAAAGAAGAAGAGUUGCAACAGUCAGCUUUGUGCAUAGAGAAAUUGGAGGAGUCAGUUUCAUCCAUGGCACUGGAGUCCCAGUGUGAAAUAGAGAGCAUGAAGCUUGAUAUAACCGCCUUGGAGCAGAUGUGCCUUGAAGCUAAGAAAACUGAGGAAGAAAAGUCCAGGAUGAAUGUUUUAAUUGAAGAGCUUGAGGUUCAGCUUCAGAAUGCACUAAAAAUUAUUGAAGGGCUAGAUGAUGAAAAUAAAAAGCUAAUAGGAAAGCUUAUUACAUCUGAAAAGAAUGCUAAGAUAUUCUGUCAAAAGAUCAAGGAGUGGGUGAAAAGCAAGGACAGAUCACAGCUCAAUAUUCUUUCUGUCUUGGGUGAACAGGAAAGCAUGAUGGCAAUAUUAAAAGAUAUAAGUGGCUGCAAAGAACUCUUCAGCUCGUUCCUUUCUGAAGUCGCAUUAGUACUGAAAUCUGAUGCUGAUUCAAAGGACCAGUAUGAAGGCAUGUCACGUCAGAUAACUGAAUAUGAACUCCUGGUGAAGCAACUUGAGGAUGAACUGAGAGAGCAAAAGUUGAAAGCAAAGGAGGAAGCAGAGGAUUUAGCACAAGAAAUGGCUGAGCUGAGGUACCAGAUGAUGGGCUUGCUUGAAGAAGAGUGCAAGCGCCGUGCUUGCAUUGAGCAAGCAUCUUUACAGAGAAUAGCUGAGUUGGAGGCACAGAUUCAAAAAGAGCCUCAAAAAUCAGAUGCUGUUGUUAGGCAACUCCAUGAAUCAUAAGGAUUGGCUGCAGUUAGGAUUUUUUAUGUCCCUUAGUUAAAAAUUAAGUCAAAGAAACUACUACCAAUGGUUAACCUCAGGGAAGAUGUGUAUGAUUUGCAUUGACCAGGGCUCUCGGAAAGUUGGCAGUACAAGGCAGCCAAAUAUCCCAAGCUGGUCUGGGAGGUUCUGAAGCUUCUGGAUUCGCAUGGUCUUCUUCAUUUUUCUUGUAAAAGUUUCUGUGAUGAAAAGUCGUCAAUUUUACAUUACAUAUACGGAGAAAACAUUGCAUCCAGGUCUGGGUAAAAGGAUGGUGCACAUGAUAGAGUUUCUCUCCCCCUUGUAAGAUCAAGAACUGAUUGUGUCCAGGGUCUAAUAGUGCAGCAGAUCAUCUGAUUGAACAGUGUCUUGAAAUUGGUUAUCAAUGGGACAAGAGAUAGAAGGGUGGACUUUAUAUUUCCGUUUAAAAACAUCGAUGUUGAACACAUUUGGACUCUGGCCAUAGGAGCAAAGAUGAUUGUUGUGCUUUGGAUUAGGGGAAUUAUAAUAAAGUUGAAUUCAUCUCUAAA